CGUCAGGAGCCUCCCGUCAGGCCACUCUUGAGGGACUCCGGCAUUGCUGCCAUUCCUGAUACGAAUGGCAGUUGUGUUGGCGUGGAGGUAAAACAGCACCUCCUGACAGUCACUCAUUACACCGGGAACUACUCUAAGCGCUGGGUAGAGAAAAGGGAAGUUGCUGCCAGGGAGCCACUCAUCAGAUCAGGCAACUCAGCAAGCCCCACUGGGCUGUUUUUGGUGGUGACUAGUCUCUGCACUGAGCAGAGCUGCAGAACUACAUGAGCACUGGGAUUCAGAGACAAUUUAAGAGAAGAUAAUUCAAUAGACAUUUUCAUUAAUCUGGACUAAAAUAAUCUUUCUAUAGCCAAAGAAGUCUUCUUUAAGGGUCCAUGAUGUCUGGAGGCAUUUUCCCCUCUUGUGAUAGCCUGUGGGAGUCAGACUAUGCCGGCUGCCACCCCCUGGUGUGCCACCUGUGCCAUGGGCAGUACCAGCAGCCCUGUCUUCUGGACUGCUACCACAUCUUCUGUGCCAGCUGCUUGCGUGGCAGAGCCUGUGACAACCGCCUCAAUUGCCCCCUCUGUGGAUACCCCACAUUGUUAAAGGGGAUAAACGCCCUACCUCCUGAGGACCGGCUGCUCAAGUAUCUGGUGGACAACUCUUCAGACAGCCAGGAGACUGUACUGUGUGCUAACUGUGAUAUGGAGAGCAAGAUGCAGGAUGCUACUGGGGCGAUGUAUUACUGUAACACUUGCAGCCAGCCUCUGUGCGCGGAGUGCAGGGAGAUCACCCACAAGGCUAAGAUGUUCUCCCAGCACGAGAUCGUCUCGCUGGCCAAACGCACCAAGGAGGGCCACAGGAAGUGCAGUCUUCAUGAUGAGCAGUACAUCAUGUUCUCCACGGAGAAGAAGUCCAUGCUGUGUAUCAACUGCUUCAGAGACAUGCAAGUGGAGAGCCGGACUCACUGCAUUGACAUUGAGACAGCCUAUGCCCAAGGUUGUGAGAUACUCGACCAGGCUGUGAUGGCGGUGAAGGAACUGCAGAGCUCAGCACGGGAGUCCAUUGUCCUGCUCAAGGCUAUGAUUGGGGAGGUGCGGACCAACGUGGAGGAGGAGGAGAGCGCCAUCUGCUUCCUCUUCAAAAGCAUGCAGGAAAAGCUAGCAGAGAGGAAGGAGAUCCUCCUGAGAGCUGCCCAAAGGUGUCACAUGCACACAGCCCAGCCAGUGGAAAGAAACAAAUCAAGAAGACAAACACAAAUUCAGCACACAACACAGAGGGUGAAGAACACCCGCAAUCAAACCCCCAACCCCAGCCAGCAUGAGGAAAAGGAGAAGGCAAUGAAGGAACAGCUCUCACACCUGGCUGCUUUCCUCCCCACUCUCCAGGUUCACCUGGUCGCAUGCUCAGCUUUCCUCAGCUCUGCCAACAAGUUUGAGUUUCUGGAUAUGGGCUAUCAGCUGAUGGAACGCCUGCGUAAGAUAGUGAAGCUGCCGCACCGGCUGACCCCCACUCAGAGCAGUAAGAUUAACACAGACUACCAUGCUGAGUUUGCCCGCUCCCUGGAGCACCUGCUGCCCCUGGGUCAGAGGAGACCGCCAUCCAUCACCAGCAUCAGUGGCUGGCUCCAGUCCCCCAUGUCCAUGUCCUGUGGCUCCCCGUCCCUCAUUGACAUGCCCCUGGGCUCCUCCGGGGGGCGCCGGCCCACCUCGCACCGCUACAUCAGCACCAAGGUGCUGCUGGCCGAGGGGGGCGACACGCCGUUUACCGAGCACUGCCGCAACUAUGAGAACAGCUACAGGACGCUCCAGACAGAAAUCCAGAAGCUGAAGGACCAAGUCCAGGCCAUGCACAGGGACUUGACCAAGCACCACUCCCUCAUCAACACGGACAACAUCGAGGAGGUCCUGGAGAAGUCUCUGCACGUGCACAACCAGAUCACCUCCCAGUACUCCGCUGUGCAGACAAUGAGAGCCCUGUUUGAAGAGAUAUGGGAAGAGACCUUUCAGCGAGUGACGAACGAACAGGAGAUUUAUGAAGCCCAACUCCACGACCUGAUGCAGCUGAAACAGGAGAACUGCUACCUGACCACCAUUGCGCGUCAGAUCGGGCCAUACAUUUUGUCCAUAGCGAAAGUCAAGGAACGACUGGAGCCCAGGUACCAGCAACCUAAAGAUCUUGAGGAUGACCGAACAGAGACAAUGUUGAAGAUAUACGAAGACAGCACCACAAGCUCGGAGUCAAAACACAGUAACAGUGAAAUUCAGUUGAGUGAUUACAAAUGGGACCCAAAUGUGGAAAAGCACCCUCUAAUACUGCCGUCAGAGAAGCUUAAAACCAAUGACUGCAACUGGCAAGGCAUGCAGAGGAGCCAGGACAUAACCAAUCAAAUACAACUUUAGUGCCAUCCAGGAGAACUCAAGGACUUCCCCUAUUUGUACCAACUUCUCUUCUGACAUCCAGUGGCCAGGCGACACCUUCUCCAUAGCCUGUUCGCUUGAUAUCUAUGCAGUCCGGACUGGUGCUCUUAUUAUCAUGGCAUGGGCCACCAUAGUGAAGACCUCUGCACCCUGGAGACAGUUGAGCCAACCGACACGGACUAAAAAUGGCACUAAAAAUGAUCAUUAGUUGAGGUUGUGAAAAACGAUCAGCAUUGAUUAAGUUUGUGAUCUAUUUCAUGAAUAAGUUAUGUAUGGUUAUGAUGAAGUGGUUGCCCUUUUUUCUGGGUAGAGAUCCGAUGUCAGGGGAAAAGACAGAGUUGAAUGAUGAGGUCUCAUCCCAUGUGGAACUAUAGAGGGAAACAUUGAACAGAGACUUUGCCGUGCGUGUCUGACUCUCACUCACCGACUCUUAGAGAGCCUGUGUUUGGUUGGUUUCAUGAAAACACUUUCCAAAAAUGUUGAAAGAAUUUUAAAUGUAAGAAAUAUUCCCUAGAAAUUGCUGAAAUAUACUGGAGUGAUUGUAGUGAACAUAUUUCAUA